AUGGAUAAUGCACCCACCGGCCUGCAGAAGCUUUUCCCCAAAGCGAUAGUGGCCAAGCGGCGCGACCGCCGCAGAAGACGGUCAUCAUUGGCAGAAUCUGCGAGUCUUAGCAGCACUGGCUCGAUUGGGACCGAUGAUGCAGUCUCGGUCCCAAUACCCGUCCCCGGAUUCCGGUUGCAGUCCACAAGUGCCUCGCAGGCGCAGGCGCAGACACGAACAGCAGGCUCCAGGUCGAGGUCACCAGCCGCAGAGGGGGUGGAUAGUAAUACUGACGACAACACCAACAACAAUAACAUCAACACCGAUUCAGAAUACCCCGACUCCCAACCGCUCUCCACGCCGGUUCCAUACGAGUCGACACCGGACCCUGAAUCUGCCAGCGCGUCACUCCGCCCCACCCCAAUCUCGACCCAUCCGUCCCAGAUUGGACAUCUGACGACGUCGUCACCGCUCGUGCAGGCCGCCCAUCUUCCAGAAGUCCAAACUCCCGAAUCAGACCUCCCCGACUUGUCCAUUCGCUCCUCGGCCUUGCCUGCAGCUAGCACCGACAGCCUCGAGUCCGCAUAUUCUGCCAAGCGAGCUGACACAGCAAUUGCGUCAACCAACGACACCCUGCCCCAAAGGGUCCCCUCCGCUAGCCGAGAACAGGACAUCUUGCGAUCGAGAGAAGGCAGCACAGAGCAGUUUCCCAACAUCACUGUUAGCGACACGGGCGCUUCCACAAAUACCUCUGGAAUUGUAACGGAUACCUUGAGCAAGGCAACAGACCGGAUCCGCCGACUCUCACAAAGCCAGAAACUCACCCCUCUUGUUCCUCCGCAAACGCCACCAAAGUCGACGACCGAUUCAGCAACCCCGGCUAUCAUUAACACCCCUCCUACGCCAACAGAUCAUAGUGCGCCUGCUCUGUCAGCGAAGAAUAGCCCAGUAGCUACAGCUCCACCGAGCCCACGCAGAAACCCGCAUGCGCUGAUAGGGAACAUGAGUUCGCCACGGGGCAGAAGCAGGGCCGGCUCCGGCAGUAUUGGUCCGAGCAAACUGUCCAACAUCACCUCCGCUCCCCUGACGCCGACUCCCGAAAACCCGAGCAACCCAACUGCGAACUUCUUUUCUUCCAUGUUCUCGGCUGUUCAAAACACAGCAAACACAUUAAGCAGCACAAUCUCAAGCGCGAACUUGGCGGCACCCGGGAACGGCAAGAACAGAUCUGUGUCGAGUUUCACAAGUCACAAAGGAGGCAGCAACAACGACGUGAACAACGUGGAAGUCGAAUCAGCUACGGAAGCCUUUCCCGGCGCAGAUAUGGGAUCCAAGGAGCCUGCAGUCAAGACGAUUGGGAAUGGCGACCUCAGUCUCAGCCACCUCGGCAUAGUUGACCCGCCACCUACAGCUCCCGCCCCGGCAACUAUAAAAGUCACCGAACACGAAGCUCGAGGAAGAUCCGAGUCUGCUCCUAUCGACGCCAAUGGCAAUCCCGAGCUUGCGCUGCCUGAAGACGCAAAUAUCUACCGGACCCGGUCGCUCUAUGAAGCGUCCCCCGGCGGGGAACGCACAACACCGAACGGGAGCGUAUAUGAAGGCAAGACAGGAUCGGGAGUUCAACGAAGCAGUAGCAUUCGGAGCGCCAUUAGCAGGCGAAGGAAACGUGCCACCAGUGCCGUCUCGGGGACAAGCGGGAACACAGUCGCUGCAGCAAUUGCCGCAGCUAAUGGCACGGCGCCUCCUGCAAAUGCCCCCAAGCUCACGGGAUUCGCCGUUGCCAAUAAGAGGCGCAACCGGGAUUUCCAUACCCUUUUCAAGAGUGUUCCGGACGAUGAUUACCUGAUCGAAGACUACAGCUGCGCCCUUCAGCGUGAUAUUCUUGUCCACGGUAGACUGUACGUGUCUGAGGGUCAUCUGUGCUUCAGCAGUAACAUUUUCGGAUGGGUCACAACCCUCGUUAUGAGUUUCGAUGAGAUUGUUGCCGUUGAAAAAAGAAUGACAGCCCUUGUCUUCAAGAACGGCUUGGAAAUCUCUACGCUUCAUGCCAAGCACAUUUUCGCCUCAUUCACAAGCCGUGAUAGUACUUACGACCUGAUUGUCAAGAUUUGGAAACUGGGCCAUCCUCACUUGCAGAGCUCGCUCAACGGUGUUCGGCUGGAGGGUACUGGCGGUGACAGGACCGAAAAAAUCGACGAAACGGAAGUCGCGUCGGCACCGGAAGGGGGCAGCGAUUCCGGAUCCGCCGACGAAAGCGGCAGUGCUGGUGAGGACGACGUUUACGACGAGGAUGAGGACAACGGAGACGAUCAAGAUGGAACACAGGUAUCAGACGCCGGCGCAGCAGAUGCCUCCGGAGAACAAGCAGUUUCACGGAAGCCGUCGGGAAUGAUGGGUGCGGCCAGUACGGAAAACAAGGACGAGAUAGCGCAAACUACAGUCGCGGAUGACUUCCCUGGUCCGGCUACCCAUGCACCAACCGAGUGCGGAGACGCCGCAACCCAUUACGACAGAGUUAUAGGCGACGAUGUCGUUCCCGCGCCGCUGGGUAAGGUUUACAACCUCCUCUUUGGCGCACCAUCGUCAGCCUGGAUGACCAAGUGGCUUCUUAACGACCAGAAGUGCUUUGAGAUCAACAUGGAUGAUAAGAAGGGCCUCAACAACGAGCAAAAGACCAGGACAUUCAACUAUAUCAAGCCAUUGAAUGCUUCCAUCGGACCUAAGCAAACAAAAUGCAUGGUUACCGAACAACUUGACAAUCUUGAUUUUGAAAAGGCUGUCAAUGUUACAGUCUCGACGCAGAAUCCCGAUGUGCCAAACGGCAACAUCUUCGUGGUCAAGACCAAGUACUGUCUCUCUUGGGCUGAAAACAACGCGACAAGGGUUCAGAUCAACUGCACGAUCGAGUGGUCCGGCAAGAGCUGGCUUAAAGGUGCAAUUGAACGUGGUGCAAACGAAGGCCAAGCGCAAUACGCCAAAGACCUCUUCGUAGCACUCAAGGCUGCCGUCUCAUCUCGUCCUCGCUCUAAUACCCAAACCAAUGGUGUAGCACCCAAAGGCAAAAAGCGCGGCCGCAAGAACAAGGUUGCGUCGGUGCCAACCAGCGAUGCAGAAAGCGUCAAGCACACGCCGGCUAAGAAGCAGGAUUGGGGGCUACUGGAACCUCUUCGUCCAUUCUUGGGUCCUAUUGUGGAUCCUCUGCGUCCCGUCCUAACUGGAAAUAUACUCUACGGUGUGCUGGUAGGACUUUUGAUCUCAACCUGGCUUCGACUUGGAAUGAACAAUUCUCGCUCCGGCGCAGUUAUAGUCCCCGGCCAUGGAGAUCUGAUGGGAUACACGAACUACGCGCAGAGAGUCGCAGCGUACGAGGAGAUGUGGAGGAGAGAGGAGAGCGAACUUUGGGACUGGAUUGAAGACAGGGCAGGACUAGACAGGUUGCACGGUGGUGGUGGAGUCGAAGAAAGAGGCGGAAUGGGCGUCAGAAAGCCCGUCAACGGGAGGAAAAAGGGAGAGGCGGAAUACAGAACCGCUGAGGAAAAGUUGAGGGAGGAGAAGAUGAACGAAAGGGAGGUUCAAGAGGCAAUCAGGGUUACCGAGGAGAGGUUAAAAGUCUUGAAGGCGGUUGUGGAAAGAGAUUCCGCCAAGAUCGAUGAGCUUAAGUGAGAAGCUCGAUCGCCAACUACUACAAAGCGCUGUUACUUUUCUCUAUCUCUUUUUCCUUUUCCCUGGGCUGGAAAGAAGGAGGUUCCUUGGACACGAAAAUUCCCGUCCUUCAGGAUGACAUCCCAAUGCAAAGAGGAUGGGACACUAACGUUAUUUUAUAACACAUUGCAUACCUUACGGACAAACAUUUUCCUUGUUUAGUAUAUCUUUUCUACACUAGUAGCUUAUGGCAGGACGUCCAAAGUUGCCCAAGAGGCUUUUGAGCACAAUUUAUAGGAUUUUUAUUUUGU